AUGGCACCUGUUCUAGGGGGGAGAAGAAUCAUCGCUUCCAGCUCAACCAGGCUGUUUCAACUUCGCCGUCGGUUGAGCCCUUACAUCGGUCUGAAGAACCACAUAUCCACGGCGAUUGCCACAGAGCCGAAGGACACAACGUUCUUUGCCGACGAGUCAUAUGUCGAUUCGCAGUUCUGGGAAAAUGCCGUGGGAACUGCACUGAAGACGCUCAUGGGAGGCGCUGAAUAUGAGGCUGCCACGCUACAAAAACACCUCCGUUUCGUCUCCCAAAGCGUUGCACCUGCCUUAGGUGCACGUCCUAUCCAAGGCCAGACGCCUCGGUGGAAAAGCUUCAUGACAGAUGAUUAUUCUCCACUGGAAUACAGUUGGAGCUGGGACGGGGAACGACCAACCAUCCGAUAUAGUUUUGAGCCAAUCGGCCCUCUGGCAGGGACGGAAUGGGACCCAUAUAACCAUCAGGCUCCGAUAGCAUUUGUCGAUCACCUCCGGCGCCAACUGCCCGCCGCCGAUUGGCAAUGGUUCACCCACUUCGCCCGUGCUUUUAACCAGGACACUUCCGCCAAGGUAGCGGCCGAAAAUUAUGGGUCCAGUCCCUCCUCGGUUUUCAUUGGUUUCGACCUCGGACGAGAUGGCCGUCAGAUGUGCAAAAUGUAUUUAGUCCCGGUAAAAGCGGAACAGACUGAUCAGUCACGAUUGGCUGUUCUCGACGACGCCGUUCGAACGCUACCACAGUUCUCCGAUUUGUCGGCUUAUCCCCCGCUGCAGGGCUUCCUGCGACAUCAAGAGGAGAUUGGCACUCCCGCUCAUCUUAUUGGCGUCGCGGUCGACUGUGUGGAUCCAUCCGCUUCCAAGCUAAAGAUUUACUUUCGGAGUUCCUCGACCAGCUUUGCAAGCGUCAAAAAUACACUGACCGCGGGUGGAAGCGUAUCGUCCUGGGACGAUAGUGCCCUGGAGCAACUGCGGGAGCUAUGGUCUCUCGUCCUUGGUCUCCCUGCGGAUUUCCCAUGUAGCCAGGAGUUACCGUCGAAAUCACAUGAGACUUCGGGGGUGCUCUAUAAUUUUGAUAUCAAGCUGGGCAAUCAACAGCCUGAAACCAAGGUAUACAUUCCUGUACGCCAUUACGGCCAAAGUGAUCAUGCGAUUGCCGUGGGUCUGGUGGAGUUUCUGCAACGUCGCGGUGGACACUCCCCGUACCAUGAUCGCUUCCUCAAGGCUUUGGAGCAAUACGCCUCGUUUCGCUCGUUAGACCAGGGGUGUGGAGUCCAGACUUACAUUGCCUGUGCAUUCAAGCGAGGUCAACUCAGCUUAACGUCUUAUCUUUCGGCGGAAAUCUACCACCCUGGUCGCUGGGAGGGUCAAGGGGCGGAAACAAUCUAG